AUGAGCUUUAGACUAUUAACUGCUCUUAAGCUAGACGACUGGAAUGGAUACUUAAAAGGCACGCUUGGCAAUCUCCUCCGUGCGCUCCGUAAAGAGCUGGUUGAGGCUGCCGGCCUGUUAUCCGUUACGCGGAUUGUGGAGUUAGUAUAUUACUUUAGCUCUAUGAUGGAGCGCUUCCUUAGCUUUUACUCCCCCGAGUCGACGCGCUUUGCUCCUAAGUUUCCUCGUUACCUGUUCUUUGACGUAGCCGCCGAUGGGGCUCUCUAUAUCAUUAUUGCAACUAUAUAUCGAUACUGUCUAGAAAGGGGCAAUACCACUGUCUCGCUAAUAGGGUUAACAUAUGAGGACUUUAAGGAGCUUUAUCUGAGAGUCUAUGAUCUCCUAUUAGAACGUGGAGUAUUGGAUGUCCCCAAAAUCCAUCUAUCAGAAGAUCUAAAUGGCCUAAAGAAGGAUCUGACAGAAUCUAUUAUUGCAUUGCGCGGAGAAGUUAUCUAUAUUCCUGAAGAUUCUACCUGCUCCAUUCGCCUUCAACCCAAGAAUGUCUUCUGUCCAUCCAUCCCGUCUGAGUUCCUGACUUACAAGAGAAAAAUUUUAUCAUCACAACUAUCGAAUGAGCCAAUCUCCUCUACCAGCCUAGCGUUUGUGGUUGAUAAGGGAGAUUCUCCGGUCAUUGACUUACUCUCUAUCCCGACAACUAACAACUUCUUCUUACGGAUGGUGGAGCCUCCUGAGGGCAACAAAAAGCAGGGCGACACGCUUGUACAUGUGCGGUGUACACCCCAUGAUUAUGAUUUUAUAAUGCGCUCUCGGGAUCUCCAAGCAAUCCGGAGCAAGCAGAUUGGCGCGUCAGCGGCUGCCUCUCUGAUUAUUGAUGAGUACCCACCGAGUGCUUUUCUUCGACCAAAAAUCACGAUGGAGCAGCAGACGGUCGGACUUUAUAUCAGUGAUGAGCGCAAGGGACCUAUACUUGUACCUCCCCAGUAUGUAACAGACUCCAUCUUCUUUAAUGAGUGGAUGGACCCGUAUGACUAUGUUAAUAGCGUCCAGGAAGCAAAGAUAAGCAUGACUCAACUUGGCUUGGCAGCAGACCAAUUGGGAAUCACGGAACGCUCGGCAUCAAAGCGUGCUCAGCGCUUAACAACAACUAAGCCAGUCUCUACAGUCCCUGCAGACCCGAGCCUGUCUAUGAAUGCCCCACCUUUUCAGCAUCAAUCCUCUGGACUCCAAGUUGAACGGUCAGGUCCACAAAACACGGUUACCCUUGCACAGAAUAUUGAAGCGUUGCUGCAAAAGAUUAAUCAGAUUGCCCUUACUCCUUCUGGAGCCACUCCUUCCAUGCAGCAAAUGCAGCGACAAAGUGCUGGACACGUGACACUUUCUGCCGGGGUGCAUCAGCAACAACCUCACCAGACACCUGGCCAGUCAUAUCUAGUGGCUGCUGCCAAUCAGUCUAAGCAUCCCGUCCCCACCAUAGGCAGAGGACCAACCUUACAUCACGCACAGUAUAGAGGCAGUCACCUGACGGUGCACGGCCAACCUACGAUUCUGCGGGGUUUUGAAAUGGUCAUAGGGAGUGUUGUUGUUCAUGGAAACACGAUCGUUCUGAUACCGAAUGCCUCAAAGGUAGAGUACUCCACGCAGCGAUAUAGUAGCCCGGACGCACUUAGAGAGUUUGGGCUUCUGCUGGCAGGAAUACCUGUCUGCGAAAACCCCACACCACUCUUUUCAGACAUGCUAAAGUCACGGAUGGUGGGGAGGCCUAGACGCGAGGAUUUUAAUGUCCAGACGUUGAUGUUGACGGCCAAAAUGCGGAGAUUCUUGGAAUAUGGAGACUCUGGCUCGAGUCUGCUGAACAUAUAUGUAAAAUAUAAUCAGAAUAAGCGAAGUACAGUGACGAUAAAUAUUCAGGAGUUGUGUGCAAGCAUGCGAGGACAUCCUAUCCCCAUUAUAUGGCACAGAAGAGUUGAUCCUCUAUUCUCUACGAACAUCAGCCUGCUAUACCAUAGUAUGAAGCUCACAAAUUCCUAUAGUACUCAUUUGAACGAGACCCUCAAACUUUUGAAAAGUAGGAAUAGUAACCAAAUGUCUACGCACACUCAGUCUUUCCACAACUUCGACUUUCUUUUAGAUAACCAGCCAGCUGCAAGCGCGCGCCCUAAGCAGAGCGCAUCCAACGUGCAAGCGAACACUAAGUCGCGUGUGGAUGAGCAGGAUAACUUGACACGAAUCCCCCUGAAUACCGUCAUGGACACAAUUCAUAAUACUUUGUUAUUCGACCCUCACCACUCUCCGAUAGCACAGCACGCUUGCCUUUACUUUGACCCUCAGCACAAUGAGCCAAAAGGCAAUCGCAACUCUAUUUCGCCAAGGGAGCAGGCACACUUUGCACAGAUCCCUGGCUUUGAUUGGCAGUCCUACAUAACUACACGGAACAUCAUCAUUGCCGCUUGGAGGUGUAGACCGCACAUCUACCUGACUCUUGAUGCAUGCAAGUCCGUGAUUCAGCAAGAUUACACCUACAUUUGGUGCAUACACGAGUAUCUGGAAAGAAGGCGUAUCAUUAACGAGCCGUCCAUGGUUGUCAUGUCGACUGUUCCACCGCUGGGGAGAACCUUCGAAGAUCCCCUUCAACUUCUCAUAGGAAGGGAGUCCAUCUUUCGCAAUUAUAACAAAUUUGUGCACCUCUAUUGCGGGGAAUGCAAGAACUACACUCAAACAGAGCACUACAAUCUCAGUGUGUCCAGGCACUAUCCUCACGGUCGAUUUGUUUGUGAGCCGUGCUUUAAGAAAAUAUUGGCAGUCAGAGGCGAGAAGACGGCUGUCAACUACUGUAAAAUCGACACCUCAAAGGAGAGUGAGCGGGCACGAAAGGAAAAAGACGGCUCAUCCAUUUUGAGUAAGUGGACAACCAUAGAGCAAUUCGUGCUUCUCAAUACUGUCAGGCGCGUCGUAGCAGAAAAUAGGGGGUUCUUCGGCGUGUUUGAUUACGUUUCUAAGCAACUUAACCGCCCUCCAGAAAUUUGUUUACAAGCAUAUCUCGCAAUAACUGCUAAGCUAUACGAACCCAACGAAACUAUGAGCUCUGCGGAGGUAUUGGAUGUGUACAUUAAGCAGUUGGAAAAAGAAAUAUUGAAAUCCAAGGAGUUCGGGGGAGUUGUGGAGCACCUCAAGGCCACAUUUAGUAUUUCUACUGCUGAGGCAUUAUACAUAGCAAUCAUGGCCAGAGCUAAAAUUUUGGCGCAGGUGGAGAAGAGCAAAGCUCUUAGUGAGCUGCACAGUGCGCUUUGGCAGUAG